GCUCUCACUCCACCCAUCACAAAUCCUAAACCCAAUCACUCCAUCUUCACUUCCCUCUUCCAAAGAUUCAAUCUUGUCACUCUAAACUCAAAUGGGUCUCUCCACAAUGAACUCUUCUUCUUCCAUCACGCCACGCCACUACAACACCCACAAGGUGUUCCUUUUCUGCAACUACAUUCUCUUGGGUGCAGCCUCCAGCUGCAUCUUCCUCACCCUUUCUCUGCGCCUCAUCCCCUCUCUCUGUGGCUUCUUCUUCAUCCUUCUUCAGAUCUUUACAAUCGCGGGUGCUAUCUCGGGUUGUGCUGCUGUGGGGGCCAAUAGCUGGUACUCUGCACACAUGGUGGCCACUGUGUUAACGGCAAUUUUUCAGGGUUCGGUUUCCGUGCUGGUGUUCACUAGAACUGGGGACUUUUUGGGGCAGUUGAAGUCAUAUGUAAGGGAGGAAGAUGGUGCUGUCAUUCUGAAAUUGGCUGGUGGACUCACCAUUUUGAUCUUUUGCUUGGAAUGGGUGGUGCUGACUCUUGCUUUUUUCUUGAAGUACUAUGCUUGUGUUGAGGGAAGUAGUGGUACUAUUGUGCCUAUGAAGAGUGGGAAGGUGCAGCAGGAUGAGGACUUGAAGGAUUGGCCAUGGCCUUUCCAAGUUUGAUUCUUGUUAAUGACAAGAACAAGAACAACAAGAUGCUUCUCUACUGAUAUAUGGUCAUCAAAUUCGUUGAUUUGUUGGAGAAUUGGAUGCUUAUUUCUCCUGAUAUAGAUAAUUGUGUGUUCGUUUGUUUGUCUGUGAUGUAAUUAGGAGUGUGGUUGUUCUCUCCGUUCAUUUUUUUUGUUGUUACCUAUUUUCCUUGUCCAUCAGAAGUUCAAUUACUACAAUAUAUCAGUUUUGCCUAUUA